AUGCCACCCAAGAAGCUCUCCAUCGCUCGCAUUCGUGCCGAGAGCACGCUGCGCAGCGACGACCCGGACCUCAACCGUCGACGUCCCUCGCCAUCCAGCAGCAGCAGAGCCAGCCAGCGCUAUCGUUCCGCAGCAGCAUCCUCAUCCUCAUCAUCACGGAGCAAUGCACGCGCCAGCUCGGCCCGAUACAAGCGCCCUGCGCAGCCCAAGGUCAGCGCGCGCAUCCUCCAGAUCCACGACGACGACAUCCAAGAGACGCGUGUGCAGAACCGGUUUGCGCCCGAUGCACGCACCCAGCGCCAAAACGUAUCGUACCGUCCGCUCUCGCUCACAAAGCAGGCGCAGCGCGAUGGCGCUGCAUUUCAGCUGCCGACGCUCGCAAGCAUGUGCUCCACCGUCAUUGCCACCUGCUUCGACGCCCUCCUCCCCUCCCGCAGCAACUUUGACGCGGCUGCAGGCGCGACAACCCCACGCAGCGCCAUCCGGAAUGCGCAUACCCAAACAAAGGCGGCGGCGGGACGCAAGCGAUCGCGCGCAAGAGCGUUCGGUUCGGCUCCUGAUUCGGACGAAGACCAGCAGGACUAUGUUCCAAGCGACGCAGAAGAUGGCGCUGCGAGGGCGGGGUCCAGAUCGACCCGGAGCCGCGGUCGCUCUUCGAAUGCGCAGACUGCAGCCGAGGGUGGAACGAGCCGGUUGCUGGCUGGUUGGACCACGUCCGAGCUGCACUAUCUUACGCGGCGGACGUCCGAGCAGCUCAAGAUGCUGUCGGCCGCAGCGUCGUUUCUGCUCUUCCGAGCGCUGGUGGAGCAUGCGCCGCAGUACCUCACCAAGACGGUGGUCGCCGAUUACUUUUUGCCACCGGUGCUCGAAGGAUCGCAAGCGGGUGGGGAGGUGACGGCGGCUAGGACGCAUGUGUGGCUGCCAGCGUCCAUCCCGCUGCUCUCGCACGACAAGUAUGCUGCAGCGUUCCUGGUCAAUCACCUCACCAGUGCCUUGACAUCCGCGAGCCAGAGUCGGCAAGCAGACAGUUGGACGCUGUCGCAGUCGGUAGUUGAGGAGACACCCUUGGCGAUGCUACCACCGCGCAGGGGUUUGGUGCAGUCGGCUUCGUUUGCGCUGCGCUCGUUGCAGCUGCAUGCACUCACACGGCUGCAGGACGCCACGCUCGCGCGGUUCUUUGAGGCUGCCAUCACGUCGGACUCUCAAAGCACGCAGUCGGUACUGCGGCUCGAGACAGUAUCGCUGAGGGGGUGUAUUGCGAUUGGCGAUCGGACGGUUGGGGCAAUGUGCCGCGCGACGGGUGCGACGCUGCGCUACCUCAAUCUCGACUACACCGACGUUACCGCCGACUCGGUGAAUGCCGUGAUGCGCAUGGCGCCCGAUCUGCAUACGCUCAAACUGGGCUACAACGACAACCUGUCCGACAAGACGCUGUCUAGCGCGCUGCAAGCACCAACGAGCGGAGAGAUGCCGUUUGGCAAGCUGGUGAAUCUGAGGCUGCGCCAGUGUGCGCAGGUGGGAGACGUGGGUGUGGCGUGCUUUCUCAAGUACGUCCACCGCACACUCGAGGUGCUCGAUGUGUCGGGCACGGGUGUAGGCGGUGUGAAUCCGCACAAUCCCGACAUGGGCAUUUUGGUCAUGGGCUUCUUUCCGACGGGUAUGGAGGCCGAGGUGGGGUUGAGGAAGAUCAAUCUGCUCGAUACCAAUGUGGACUUUGACGCCGUGGGGCAGUUGUUGGAGAGGGCCGAGGGGAUGGAGACGCUGCUGGUGAGGCAGAUGCCCAGUCGCAGUACGCGCGAUGGAUUCAUCCACAUGCUCGAAUCCAUUGUGCGAUCCCGACAAGAGGGUGGUUGGAAUGCGGGGAGGUGGAAGAAGCUCCAUGUGCGGGUGGUUGAUGUGGCGGAUGAAUUCGCCCAAGUUUUUCCGGAUCUUCUUGCCGUGUUCCCCAGGCUGGUGGUGGAGAAUCUGCGCACGAGUUCGAGCCAGCUCAACUUUUUCCGCGAGGUCGCCGACCAUGUCGAUCCAGAACGGUGUGGUGUGCAGCAUCUCAAGCUGCGCGAUGCACGACUCUCGGAUCAUGCCUGGCGCUUUCUUACGCGCUUGAACUCGCUCAGAGAACUCGACCUCACAAACACGGCCGUCCCAGAGGCGGUGGUCAAGCAAACCAUCGAGGCGAACAGGUUCUUGGAAACGGUCGAUCUGUCGCACUGCAAGCAGAUGCGCAUCUCGACACGGCGCAAUGCGUUUGCCCUCCAAGACGCAUAA